AUGCCUACCCAACCAAUCCUUUUACGAUUUGAAAGUCGAAACGGCCAGUUUCGAAUCACCGCUAGGCCGGACGACCUCUUUCCCACUCUGCAACAAAAGAUUCUUGAGCAUCUUCCGUCAGAAAUAGACCCAACAUCUAUCUCCCUCUCCAAUAAGCCGAUAGGUACUGGUGGGGAAGAACGACAACUUCAGGCCCUGGACGGCGUUCCGAUCGGUCAAGUUGGCCUUAAACAUGGCGAUAAGCUUUUUGUUGGAUAUCAAGACCGCGCUACAUCGCAAAAUGGCCCCUCCAACGGACACACGUCAACACCAACUGAACGUCGACUAAAUGGCACCUCGGUUCCCCAAGAGCAAACCAUCCCGAUUCGCGCACAGCCCACCUCAUCAAAUGUCAAUAUCAAGAACCCCUGGGACGUUGUCAAGCAGUCACCGCUGGACAACUUACUGGAUAAGAAGGAUGGCAAGAUUAAACGAAGUCAGGACCUCCGGAUGUGCAAACAUGGUCCUCGGGGAAUGUGUGACUACUGCAUGCCUAUAGAGCCAUAUGAUGCAAAUUAUCUGGCAGAGAAGAAGAUAAAACAUCUCUCGUUCCACUCAUACCUGCGCAAAAUCAACGCCGCUACCAACAAACCCGAAGCUGGAAGUUCAUUCAUGCCCCCACUCAGCGAGCCCUUUUACCGGGUGCGACACGACUGUCCAUCGGGACACGCUGCAUGGCCUGAAGGAAUUUGCAGCAAGUGCCAGCCCAGCGCGAUCAGCUUACAACCCCAGGAAUUCCGUAUGGUUGACCACGUUGAAUUCUCGACCCCCGACUUGAUCAACUCGUUGCUGGAUUUCUGGCGUGAAUCUGGAGCUCAGCGGCUAGGAUUUCUUUAUGGAACAUACGAAGAAUAUGAGGAAGUGCCACUGGGCGUCAAAGCGGUCGUGCAAGCAAUCUAUGAGCCACCGCAGGUGGGUGAGGUAGACGGUGUCACUCUUCAUGAUUGGCAUAAUGAGAAGGAAGUGGACGAAGUGGCUCGUAUGUGUGGCCUGCAGAAAGUCGGUGUUAUUUUCACAGAUCUCCUUGACGCCGGACAAGGGGACGGUUCUGUGGUGUGUAAGCGACACAUUGACUCUUACUAUCUCUCCUCCCUGGAGAUCGCGUUUGCUUCGCGCCUACAGGCUCAAAACCCCAAAGCAACCAAAUGGAGUCGCUCGGGCCGCUUUGGCUCCGACUUCGUGACCUGCGUGCUAACUGGUGAUGAGACUGGAGCAAUUGCUGUGAGCUCGUACCAGGCCAGUGUUUCAGCAGUGGAGAUGGUGCGAGCCAACAUUGUCGAACCUUCGGCAGAUCCCUCUGUGAUGCUAGUCCAGUCGGAGGAAGACGAAGAUGUUGGCAGCAAGACACGUUAUAUCCCAGAAGUCUUUUUCCGUCGCAUCAACGAGUAUGGUGCAAGUGUACAGGAAAACGCCAAACCCAGUUUUCCUGUUGAGUUCCUUUUAGUGACACUCACCCAUGGUUUCCCUACCGAAUCCACACCCGUUUUCACGAAUAGCCGCUUUCCCAUCGCGAACCGCGAAAUCAUCGGACAGAGCCAGGAGUUGCGACAUGUGGCUGAGAAGCUCAUGUCCCAUGGAGAUCCCGACAAAGCGAUCCAGGGCAUAUCGGAUUUCCAUAUCCUGUGCUUCCUCCACGGGCUAUCUACAUUUAAUAAGGACGAAGAAAGCCUUCUCUGCCGAGUUGCCACGACCCACUCCCCUGCCGAUGGAAUGCAGCUGCUGAAUACCCCCGGGUGGGCAACCUUGAUGACAAUUCUUCAAGAGAGUGGUGAGCGGCCCCCCAAGCGCCCCUGGCCCACGGCGGUCGACCUCAAACGGCGGCCCCUCUCGUCCGCCGUUGAUUCCCCUCGCUCCAUGUCCCCCAAGUCCGACGGUGAACAGCUUGCUAAAAGGUUCAAGGGAACUAGGCUAGAAUAA